GCAACAAGGGUACAAUAGUCAUUCCAACCACUAGGGUUUUCACAAAAACCUAACAUCUCCAUCUUUUUCUCCUCUCUUUCAAACCCUAGCCCUUUCUGUGCUGAGACUCGCAGCCCUUGGAACAGAGUAGAAUCCUUACUGCGCCAAAAUGGGUAUUUCUCGGGAUUCCAUGCACAAGAGGCGUGCCACUGGAGGCAAGAAGAAGGCUUGGAGGAAGAAGAGAAAGUACGAGCUCGGAAGACAGCCUGCAAACACCAAGUUGUCAAGCAACAAAACAGUAAGGAGAAUUAGGGUUCGAGGUGGGAAUGUGAAGUGGAGAGCUUUGAGGCUCGAUACUGGUAACUUUUCCUGGGGUAGUGAGGCUGUGACCAGGAAGACUCGUCUUCUUGAUGUGGUCUACAAUGCAUCUAACAACGAGUUGGUCCGUACUCAAACCUUGGUCAAAGGUGCCAUUAUUCAGGUUGAUGCUGCUCCUUUCAAACAAUGGUAUCUGCAACACUAUGGAGUUGAUAUUGGACGUAAGAAGAAGACCGUUGUCUCUGCCAAGAAAGAAGAGGAUGGUGAAGCUGCCGCUGAGGAGGUGAAGAAGAGCAACCAUGUGGUUAGAAAGCUGGAGAAGCGCCAGCAAGAACGAGUUCUUGACGCUCAUAUUGAAGAGCAAUUCAGCGGUGGUCGUCUUCUGGCGUGUAUAUCAUCACGACCUGGCCAGUGUGGUCGUUCUGAUGGAUAUAUUUUGGAGGGCAAAGAGCUUGAAUUCUACAUGAAGAAGCUCCAGCGUAAGAAGGGGAAGGGAGCUGGUGCCGCUGCCUAAAAUUUUGUUACUUGGUCACUUUAGAUUCCAGUUUUUGUUUCUUUUUUAAAUGUUCUUCAAUGGACGAGGCAAUUAACUUUUUAUCCAUUGAGGGUGAAUUAUUUUAAUUGAAACAAUUUUUUCUUGUGUUAUUGUUCAAUGUUUAUUAAGCGUAUUUUCUGA